CCCCUCCGCAGUCGCCCCAGGACACCCACAAUGGCCUCAUCUGCGCACUCAGUCACCACCAAGACGGUCACUUCAAAGGCCGACGGGAUCAAGAUCUACGCGGAAGCCAUAGGAGAUCCCAGCAAGCAAGCCAUCGUCUAUAUCCACGGAAAUUCCACGUCGUCCGGAGUGUGGGACUACCAGUUUUUCGACGAAGAGCUGUUGAAGCAUUUCUACCAAAUCAGAUUCGACCUCAGAGGUCACGGCCUCAGCGAAACACCCGACGUCGAGUCCGAAAGCCCUUUCGACAACGACAAGCAGGGCAGUGAUGUCGCAGCGGUCUUGGAGGGCUUCUCCGUCACCAAGCCCAUCUUUGUCGGGUGGUCAUACGGCGCACUGAUCCCCGGAGACUAUGUGAGCGUGCACGGGUUCGACAAUGUGAAGGGGAUCGUGGUGGUGGACGGAUUGACUGGACCACCGCCUGAUGUACACAAGUUCUUCACCGGCGGACCAUAUCCCGGUUUUACCGACAACGGGGAUGCGACGAAGAUGCAUCAGGCGUAUGGCCUCUUCAUCCGUGCUUUGACCUAUCAGCCGCUGCCUCGUGAAUGGCAACUCAAGCUUCGUGGUAUGCUCACCGAGACUGCAACGGCCACGCGGCAGUGGAUCUUCAAGCGCAAGAAGAACUGGGGUCCGUACAUGGAAGGCGCUUCCAAGGCUGUCCCGAAACUCGUGAUCUUCGGUAAGCAAGACGGGAUGAACAGUCUUGACUACAUCGAUUACAUUAAGACCAAAUGGGAGCCGUCCCUGCUCACGGUCAGUCUCAUCGACGACGCCGGCCAUGCAUCGUUCCUGGAGAAGCCAAAGGAAUUCAAUACCGCCCUGUUGCAGUGGGCUGCGAAGGUGGCUCAGGCAUGAGGAUCAUGGACUACGUACUACGCAGCUUGGGACUAUUGCAAUCAGUAUUCAUUCAGAGUUCUGAUGUAGCAGGGAGAUAUCAUGUACCAUAUAUGCAUCAACACAAGCCAGGUUCCCCUUU